CGUGUUGCUCCGUCAGUUGCAACAUCACUAUAAGUGCCUGUAGUACCGUAAAAUCUCUGCUAGACAAACCAAAAUCUCACCACACAGACAAACACAGGGAGGAAAAAAAAUGUACUGGACCAAACCACUUAGCGAUUUGAUCCUGACUGUGGACAGCAUAUCCCUGCUGAUUGGCUUCCCUGCCAACCUGCUGGCUCUCUACACCUUCGUACUGAAGCUUAAAAAGCAAGCUAUGCCUCUUGAUGUACUCUUAUUCAACCUGACCAUCUCGAACCUUCUCACACUGAUCUUCCUCCCGAUCCGCAUCAGAGAGGCGGCCGACAUGCGAUGGACCCAGAGCUACUUCCUGUGUCCUCUGUUGGGAUACGUUAUAUACACCUCCAUCUACAACAGCACCUUGCUUCUAACAGCUAUCAGUGUGGAGCGCUAUCUGGGAGUGGCCUUCCCCAUUAAAUAUAAACAAAACCGAAAUCCGCGGAAUGCCGUGAUCGCUGCCAUCUUAUUUUGGGUGGUUACCAUGGCUCAUUGCAGCUUUAUCUACAUCGUACAGCAGUAUGAAAAACAUAAUGACACCAGCCCCGAGGACAGGGACUCCUGCCACACCAUGUUUAAUGAAAAGCAGUUGAAGCUUAUUUUGCCGUUCCGGUUAGAGCUCUUCAUUGUACUUUUCUUCAUCCCUUUGAUAAUCUGCAGCUUUUGCUACAUCAAGUUCAUUCUCAUCCUUUCACACUUACCGAAAUUCAACCCUAAGAAGCGCUGCAGGGCCAUCGGACUUGUCAUAGUCACCUUCCUGGUCUUCAUCAUUUGUUUCAUACCUAUCAACGUGUCCCAUCUAGUGAGUUUUAUUGGAUGGUAUGUUCCCAGUUGGAGAGUAUACACUCUGCUUCCCUGCACCUUCAGCGCCUGUUUGAAUCCCUUCAUCUUUUACUUCUCAUCUUCCGUACUCCGAAAGACUUUUGCCCAAUGCGUAAGCAGACUCGUCAACAGGCUUCAAGAAUCCUGCUUCUUGAGAUUAUUCAAGUGCCUUACAUCAAAGGAGAGAUUACAGAAUCCCAGUGAAAGUUCUCAAUGAACAGUGUAGUAUUGCAGACUGGAUUGAUAAUGUGACUUACUUUAUCAAUGGGAAGUUCAAAUCCCAGGUCUACCAAGCUGCUACUGGUGGGCCCUUGAGCGAGACCCUUAACCCUCAGUUGUGUAACUAAGAUAAAUGUAGGUUGCUCUGAAAAAGGUCGUUUCCCUCCCAAGUGUCAUAAAUGUAAAUGUUAAGGAAAAACUUAGAGCUGUUAAUGGACCAAGGUUCAGGUUCAAUAAGAUCAAAGCAAUCAUUUCCAAAUUUUCCCAUAUUCAAGCAAUGUCCACUGGUAUAAUGUGGAAUGUGCAGGAUUUUUCUUUCAAAAGAGCUUGGAUAUCAGAGCCUAAACAUCUGGCAUGGGCUCUUGUCUUCGUCUUAAGAUGGAAACAUAAUAGACGUUUAAAGAACGGAAUGGAAAGCCAGUGCAUGAUGAAUGAUUUGAGAUUUUGCUGUGCAGUAUUGUACAAGACGUCUGAAUGGUUCUGCAGUACUAUAAAACAUUUAAUUGUUAUUUGAUAUCACUGUAAUUUAUAGUGGAUGAGAAAGACUCUUUCCAUCUGCUACAGCUCAUAUUAUCACAGGAACCUCAGUUUGUUACUGUAAAUCUGGUACAUCUGCAAAUUGAUAUAUUUAAUAGAAUAAAAAAUAAAUCAACUUUUUAUAGCCCAAGAAAAGCUAUUAACAAAACAAAAACAACAAAUCAUUCAAAUUUAAAUCUGUUCAUGGCAGAAAUUAUGUAUUAUGUAUAUUUCUGCUCUUUUUCCCCCCACUAUGCACUCGUCUAUUUGUCAAAGUGUCAUUAUAUAUAUGUAAUUAAACAUUCUGUUAACUUUAAUUGGAAUUAUUUUCACUUGUUGAGCAAAUGUUUCAUAAAAAGCAAUUGUUUCACAUUUUAGCAUUGUUUGGCCAUAGCUUGCUUCGGAAUUUGGAUAAAGAAAAAUUUUUCUGUGACAUCAGCCUAUAUAAAUGAAUUAAUAUGGAUACCAGGACUGGAAAGAUAAGUAAUGCACAUAAAUUAAACCUAUUGCUAUGUAAGUCUUAUAGGCCUAGAAUUCGUUCUCAUCAGAUAAACGAAUAUAUAUAAUAUUUAGGGAAAAAAUUAUUACAAAUAUUUCAUCUUGUGUGGUGUGAAUCAUUGUGUACAGAUAGAAAUCCUGCAUAAAAAUAUGAUCUCAGAAAAAACACAGUAUCCUUAGAAACUGAAAAGAAACAAAUAAGAAGAACUGUUUAUUUCUGAUAAGGGAGAACGCUGGCACUGGGAGAAAGGGGAAUUUGAGCUGUUAUUGGAAGAUGAAAUGCUAAAAAUGCAAAAAAAAAAAAGUGAAAGUGAAGUCAAGCAACCAUUUUUUAAAUAUUAUUUUCACUACCGGUUCCAAAAAAAUUGGGAUCAUUUGGAAAUUUCCUUGGUUUCCAGUCUUCCCACUCCUUUUUCUGUUUUAUGAAGGGAGUAGUUCACAGCAUGGUCAUUUUGAGUCUGUAAUCAAACUCCUGAAGCUCCAGAUACUAAACGGACCUAAAGAAGGCCAUUUUAUUGCUCCUUUAAUCAGUACAACAGUCUUCUAAUAAUCAAUUAGCCUGAUAAAAUGAUUAACUUUUAAGGAUUAGCAAACAUAACAUCAGACUGAAACAGAGGACUGAUGGUGGGCCUCUGUAUUUACAAGUAACCUUUCGAAUGGUAGUGUGUUAAAAAUAAAACAAAAUUAUCUUCUAUAUAUACUUAGGGGAAGUGCGAAUGUGUCAGAAUUAUAAUUUUCACUUUUUAUGUCAUGUUGUUUGAAUAUUUCUUGUACAUCUAGUGCAGGAAGUGAUGUAUUCUGGUAGGUAAAAGAAGAAGUCAGCAGUUCCGCUUUCCUGUGUGUGUCAUUGCAACAUUAAUUAUACAGAAAACUACGUAUCUGUUUGACCUUCUUGAACCAUACACUGUAUAUAUACUGCCAUUAUUGUUGUGGCUUGCGUUUUAUUUGAUAAAUUAAUUUAUCCGUUUAAUGUUGAAAACAGAAAUCCAGGAAAAAUUAAAUUUUCCACACACUAUAUUCUUAAAACAAAUAUCAAGUAUUGCUUGCACAUGCUGUUUAAAUGGAGGUCCAGCCUCCUGUUUAUGAAGGUACUGCAUUGACUCGCUGCAGUGGCAGACAGAACAGACACUGACCGAAGCGGGGCUGGUGUUAAAAGAGGCUUUUAUUUCUUAAGUGAGAUAGAAAGAUGGGGGUGCAGAAAGGGGAAUCGAAUACCGUCUCCAGGUGUAGAGGGCAGUGAAGGAGGUGCCAAGGUGCAGCAUGGGGUCAGUCCUUAUUGGCUAGGUGGCGUGUCCUUUUUUGUGGUUAGCGUGGGUGAAAGGUCGAGUGUGAGUCACGGCACAUAGCUGAGGGAGACUGUGCCAGCAUCAGUACGUAGACAGAUUUUACUUACAAACUUGGCAGAUAUCCUCUGCUGUGUCCUUUGAGAGGACGGUGAUGAGCUCUUUCCAGCCUGCGCUCUUGUGGUCCACAAAGGUAGUGAAAUGGCGCUGUCCUUUCAGCACCACGGCGGCAGUAGUGCCGAGCCUGCAGCAAUUUAUAAGUGUGGUAUGAAGGCCUGUUUUUACAGAAGCCUCACUCAUCUCCAGGUUAAUUGAACCCAGAGUUUAUUAGUACCUUAAUAGCUGGAGUAGUCCUGCAAUAACAAAAACUCGGUUAUUUGAGGAUUAACCUGCUAGAGGAGGUGUGGUCAGUGGUCAGGGGGAAAUAUCUACUCGAGAGGUAGUAUUUCAAUUACUCAUUGGCUCAUUUAAUGGCCAGGGCUUCUUAAUUCACAGUGGCAUAAAAUAAAGAAGGCUGUACUGUGCAAUACUUUGUAUGAUACAUGUUCAGCAUUUCGUACACACAAUUUUCUCACACAAUAUCCUACAGUAUAUAAUUAUUCAAAAUCAUUAUGCAUUAUCUGGUAAGUAAAAACAACAAGCAUCCAAUAAAAGUUGUUUUCUUUGUUUGACCUGGGGAUCAAUUUCACUAGAUGCUUAGGACUAAACAUGAUGAGUUAUUCAGGAUCCUGGUAUUUGUGUUUCUGUGUGUGUUGACACCUGUUGGCCUGCGUGUGAAGUUCUCUUCAUCUGUUUAACUUCCAACGCUUCCAACGUUUUCCAACAUUGCUCAUUUGUGAGCACAGGUGCACUGAUAAACUUAAGAUACACAUCCAUGGAACUGCUAAAUCCAUAUCCAAAUGAGUUAAGAUUUACCAAACAGGAGUCUGGAAAUGUUUCAGACAAGUACAGGAGGUCCAGACAAUACAGCAAAUCCAAAGAGCUGUCACAAACCAAGGCAAAGUUUUGCAAUGUUUGCACAUGCUCUAAGAACAGGAAAUGAUGUGGUGCAGAGGAAGCAUUGUUAGUAUUCAUAGGGGGGAGGACCUCUGCAGGCAUGA